AUGACGCAGAGAUUAAGCAGGCCAGACAGAGAUGGUUUGUUGCAGAUCACAACUAAUCUUUGUUUCUGCUGUUGUCAGGGAGCUUUGUGGCACCAGCUGGAAACGGUGGCAGUGGUGACCUCCUGGUUCAUCCUGAACAUUACUAUUGCCAGCUCAACGAAAUGGAUCUUUGUGCACGGCAAAAUUUGCAUUCAGGAUAAGGGAUGCACGCGCUACCAGUUUCCCGUGGCCAUUACUGUCAUUCACAUGAUCUUCUCAUGGAUGCUCUGCAGAUUGUACAUAUUCCAGUUCCGCGGAGGUCUGGCAGGGAAGAGUCUGGGGCUCGCGCAGCAAGUGAAAGAGAUCAUGCCUCUCUCACUCUGUUUUGCGCUGUCCGUGGCAAUGGGCAACCUCUCCUUGAAGUACAUCUACCCCUCCUUCAACCAGAUGUUGGGAUCCAUGUCACCCCUGAUCACGGUGCUCCUUGCGGUUGUCCUGCAGCAAAAGCGCUUUCCGCUCAAGACGUGGCUAUCGAUGCCUGUAAUUUGCAUUGGACUUGCAGUCUGCAGCCUAAAGGAACUGAACUUCAAUGCGCUUGGGGCCUUUUAUGCCAGCGGUGCUACCGUGCUUCGAGCGGUGAAGUCCCUGAUCCAAGGGAGGCUUCUAUCAACCUCCCACAAAAUGGACUCUGUUACCCUGCUGUACUAUAUGGCCCCUUGGGCAGCUAUGUGGCUGAUGCUCAUGAUGUUUUUCUUGGAGGGCGGCGAGCCCUUGUUCCUCUUGACACUGGCGGCAUUCGACCUGUUCGAAGUGGAUACGGAAGGCAUCACAGGUGCUGGCCAAGUGCUAGGCCUCCUGAUGCUUUCAGGUUUGAAUGCCUGCCUCUUGAAUAUAGCAAACUUCCUGGUAACGUCCUACACUAGUCCGGUCACGCUUCAGGUUCUUGGCAACGUCAAGAGCUGUCUAUCUAUUGCAGUUUCCGUGGCCAUCUUCAGGAACAGCCUGACCUUGGAGCAAGCCUUUGGAGUUUGCACCUGCUUGCUUGGUGUGUGGUUGUAUAACCAGAAGUCAUCUCCUGGGCCAUCAGCUGACACGAAGCCGAAGCAGGCUUCUGACAGAACCGAGCCUGAGCCUGUGGAGAUGCCCCACAUUGGGCGAAGUUAA